ACCAGUGCAGGGUUUCUGGCCCUAAACAUCUCGGCCUCCACAACGGCACUCACAACAACAAAUCCAAUGAACGAAACCAUCCCUGGAAGUAUCAGCAUCAGGAUUCUGAUCCCAAACUUGAUGAUCAUCAUCUUUGGACUGGUCGGGCUGACAGGAAANGCCAUUGUGUUCUGGCUCCUGGGCUUCCACUUGCGCAAGAAUGCCUUCUCAGUCUACAUCCUAAACUUGGCCCUGGCUGACUUCCUCUUCCUCCUCUGUUGCAUCAUAGCUUCCACGCAGAAACUUCUCAAGAAUUCCUCCCCCAAAAUUACCUUUCUCAUUUGCCUUUACACCUUCAGGGUGAUUCUCUACAUCGCAGGCCUGAGCAUGCUCAGUGCCAUUAGCAUUGAGCGCUGCCUGUCUGUCCUGUGCCCCAUCUGGUAUCGCUGCCACCGCCUAGAACACACAUCAACUGUCAUGUGUGCUGCAAUCUGGGUCCUGUCCCUGUUGAUCGGCAUUCUGAAUAUGUAUUUCUGUGGUUUCUUAGAUANCAAAUAUGUAAAUUACUAUGGGUGUCUGGCAUCAAACUUCUUUACUGUUGCAUACCUGAUGUUUUUGUUUGUAGUCCUCUGUGUGUCUAGCCUGGCUCUGCUGGCCAGGUUGUUCUGUGGCGCUGGCCGGAUGAAGCUUACCAGAUUGUACGUGACCAUCAUGCUGACCAUUUUGGUUUUUCUCCUCUGCGGGUUGCCCUGUGGCUUAUACUGGUUCCUGUUAUUCUGGAUUAAGAAUCGUUUUGCUGUAUUUGAUUCUAACUUUUAUCUGGCAUCAACUGUCCUGAGUGCUAUUAACAGCUCUGCCAACCCCAUCAUUUACUUCUUCGUGGGCUCAUUCAGGCAUCGGUUGAAGCACCAGACCUUCAAAAUGGCUCUCCAGAAUGCACUGCAGGACACUCCUGAGACAACUGAAAACAUGGUAGAGAUGUCAAGAAGCAAAGCAGAGCCAUGAUGAAGAGCCUCUGCCUGGACCUCAGAGGUGGCUUUGGAGUGAGCACUGUCCUGCUGCACUUGACCACUGUCUACUCUCCUCUCAGCUUACUGACUUGACAUGCCUCAGUGGUCCACCAACACCUUCAACAACUCUCCAUUGAUUUAGUUUUUCUAACUCUCCCAAGUAAUAGCAUUAAUCAGGAAGUAUCAUGUCUGCAUCUUUCUUGGCAUUAAUCAAAUUCUCAAACUAACUUCCUCUGAAGCUUUCUUGCUGUUUCUUUGGAACUUUUGUUGCCAUGGAACAAGCCCAGGUCCAGAACCAUGACUCUCUUAUCUGUGAUGGUUCUGUACCUGAAUGUAAAGACAAAGGAGCCAAGAGAUGAUCCUGUCCAUUCCCCAAAUAUCACCGAGAGAGCUAGUCUCCCAGGAUUGCAGACAAGCCUGUGAGCACAGGUAAGACCACCACUUCUGCUCAAAGGGACAUGCCUGGAACUCUCAGGACACAGGUACAGAGGAGCAUCCUGGGACAACAUACUUCUACUUUCCAACUGCACCCCAGAGCUGACACUUUGCCAAAGCUCUCCAUUCCCAAAUUCCUCCAAGAAAGAACUGGUCUCUCAGGAGUACUGAAGCACAGGCUUGCAAGAAGGAAAAGCCACAGUCAGAGACAGCAAGACCAACUAUCACCAGAGAUAACCAGAUGUCAAGCGGCAAGGGCAAAAACAUAAGCAAUAGAAACCAAGGCUACUUAGCAUCAUCAGAGCCCAGGUCUCUUAACACAGUGAUCCCUGGAUACUCCAACACACCAGAAAAGCAAG